AUGACAGGCUUUGCUUCGCUGCGAGUGAGAGGGAUGAGGAUGUUGACUCAGGAGGAUGUCACGAUAAGAAACACUCCGCCCACGAACCCCAUUGCAGUGAACAAGCUGAGUAGCAGUUCUGAGUUCGAUGAGAACGCAGAAUAUUGGUUGCUCUGUGCUGUGGUAUGCUCAGGAAAGAACCUCUUUGUUGGGGAUGAGCAGCUCGGGGAUUUGUUCUGUAUGCUCCAUACGUCAGAUGGAGUAUGCAGAUCCAGAACGGCGGUAACUGGAAUGGUUUACAGUAACGCGAACCCUGUCUGGCCUUCCAAUGGGAACGGCAACGCGUUUGUUUUGCCUGUGAGAAGGUCGAAAAGACAAACAGACCUCGUGAUAACUAUCUGGGACGGGAGCGAGAGUCUGGAAGAAGCCAUUCCCGUGGGAAAAGUGCACAUCAACCUCAAAGAUUUCAUGCAAUUCCCGUCAGUCCCCAACGGGUACGAAUUUAAGGUAGAGUUGGUCCCUAGAUUGGCUUCCAUUAAGAAGGCGGAUCCUAGCUCAUGUUGGAGCGAGCUUCUCAUGUUUUUGAAGGAGAUGGGGCCAAGGAUCAAGCUCUACAUGAUUUGGCUGGGAAUCUCUCGAAGGAAAGACCGACUGAAACGCCUGAUGCAGUGGGACAGAGAGUAUCCAGGGCAUGGUAUGAGCAAAUCCUCCUCACAAACUCGCGAUUACUCCCUGGUUGCGUUGCUCACUGACGAAAACUCUACUCCAUCUCACGACCAAUACUGGAUUGGGGGCAACCCCCCUAAGAAAGACCCGGAGGUCAAUGAUACUGACCAGACCCCCAACGGUGAGAUGCUGGAGAGCAACCAAGGGGUCGAAGGGAUGCUGGAGAAGCUUGCAAACGGAAAUGGCAACAGUAGACUGGUUUCCGUCCCUGUCCGGGCACAGGCCGAGUUGCUCUCAAGAAUCAAGCACGUCUCGUUGCAAGAUGGCAACAUCGUCAUGGCCAAAGGUACCAGCCCGACAAGUUUCUUCUACAUUGUCAAGGGCGCAUGCCUUGUCACCGUGGAUGGGGAGGAAGUCAGCCGAAUCGACGAAGGACAGUUUCUCGUGCUGAGUGGGGACGAUCUUUGGCUUGCGAUCGAUAUGUUUCCGGGUCUUUUCAGUGAGCUGACAAAAGUGGCAGAGAUGAGGUUCGAACAUGUGCAAUCCCGCAAGGACUGGGGAGUCGACAAAGCAAAUGUCGAUAUCAGCCCUGGCCCCUUGAAGGAGUUCUUGUUCUUCCUCAAGGAGAUCGCUGCUGACAUCAGCAAGAACAACAGCCAGAAGUCCAAGGCAAGCAACGGUAUCAACAUAAAGGAAGGACAAGUCAUGGACGAGUUUUCGACCAGCGUCGAAGAAUCUGUUAGAAAGAGUGAUUAUGAGGAACCCGACGUGACCGUAUCGAUGCCACCACUCAUCGAUGCUCAGCUCGAUGAACAAGCUCUUUCGGCACGACUCAAGAGCAUGGAGCAAUCAGGAGCUUUCGGCCCCGUGACCAAGGCAGAAAAGAACAAGGGAAUCAGGAUACCGAAGCACCUCAAGGAAGGGCACUACAACACCCAUGGCAGCUCGUUGAGAGGAGCAGUCAUGCCGAUGCUCGGAUCGUUAGAGUAUGCGAGGAAGGCAGGAGGGAUGACGAGCUUUCUGUCUCCUCAGGGGAGCCGAUGGGACCACAUGUCUUCUAGCGACAGUGAAGGCAGUGAGAGCGGGAGUCCCGAGAGCGUCGACGGGUCUGAGACGAACAACACGACGGGGCCCAGCAGCUAUGGCACGAGUGAGGGAGACGGAGAUUUCAUCUCAGGAAGCUACACAGGAGAGUACAAGGAGUAUCGACACGACUCGGAGAGCUCGGCUGAGAAGACGGCAAUUGCUCACUCGGUCUCAAGUGCGGAAGGCCCCGAUCGCGACAAGCCCAGGGCCGUGAAGCAGCAGAAGAGGAAGCCACGGCCCCGGAAGACCAUCUUUCGCAUCCGCUUCAGGAAACUGCACGACACCUACACUGCUGAAGAACUCGGAGCAACUCCGAGGCGACUUUGGCGUCUGUCAGUGUCGGGUGUUUACGUCCAGUCCCUCAAGGAGUACGACAUCAACGCUUACUACCUGCUGGAGGGCAGAUACUGCCAGGACGGCAACGCUUUGAUCAAGUCUGACGUCACCAGGGGCGACAAGUCGCAGCAGGAGGUCAGCUGGCCAAAGCAUGUCACGAUCGAUCUCGAGGAAGAGUCUCUGCUUCCCAACAAGCAGCUUCGCUUCUCGGUGCAUCAGAAGAGGCAGUUGUGGAGCGACAAGGUUGUGGGGUAUGCGCUGGCCGACAUCAGCGAAGCCAUGAAGCGGCCAGGGGUCGCCAUGCAGAGCACGUACCAGCUCUUCAAGGACAAGGUGAAGGCUGAAUUCAAGCCCGAGGAAGAAGCGGCGCAGGACCAGGCAAGCAGCGCGUCCGACCUUGCCAACGGCGCUGGGCUCGUGCGAAGUCUGUCCGGUGGAAACUUGUUUGGGAGAAUCCGCCGUCAGGCUGUGGACGCGAAUGAGGAGGACGAGCAGAACAAGGGGCGCGUCAAGGGGACAGUGACGUUGACCCUCGUUGCUCAAGACUCUGUUAAGCUGCCUUUCUGCCUCUCAGUCCCUCCACUGUGUACAGGACAAGCGAUGUAUGAUAUUUUAGAUCAUGUGGGAAACAAGGUGGCGAUGCUUCAGUACAUCGGGCGGUCGAGAUGCGCCUGGUGCACCAACGUGGACCCGUCGGACGCGUUCUACUCAGGGUUUCACGACGGAGACAAGGGGCCCCAGGUCGAGCCGUGCUGCAGUGCCUGCACCAUGAAAGGAUGGUCGGAGUGUGUGAUCAUGUGGGACAAGGACGGGGAAGUGAGACUGGGUAGCAUCUUCACCGAGGUGACCCCGAGGAAGCAUGCACGCGCACGCAUCUGCGACCAGAACGAGACUCACUUCGCGUCUGUGAGGGCUGUCUGCUCCACAAAGCCUGAGAUUUGCACGAGCGUCAAGUUCAAGAUCGUCCCGACGUUCUCGGAGCUCUCGAUCAAGGCAACGGGCAGCAUCAUCACGGGCAAGACUUGCUCCAGCUCCUUCCAGGCACCCCCCCAUCCUGUGUCGAUCAGGAAACAGGACGAACAUCACGAGCGAACGUCGUCGCACGAGGAGCACAGGAAGAGAUCGAACCUGCGAGGAGGCGACGUGGUGGCAGACAUCAACAGAGGAGGGAUCAGGGACCCAGCCAACGUGCUAGUCCAGCCAGGAAAGGAUGCCGUACGAUCGGUGCUCAUUGCGAUCGGCAUCGACGAGGCCUGUCGGCUGAGACCCAAGUCGGUUUACGAUGGUGUGACGUUCAAAGACAAGUUUGACAAGGAAUACGACAGGGAGGAAGAGCUCCCCGAGGCAUCCGGCGACAAGCCUCUUGUCGCCCCCUUCCUGAAUUAG